AGUUGUUUGGAUAUUUCAUGAUGCAACAAUGCAAAAGCAAUUUAACAGCGGACAACCAGGAUCAGUGAUGGCUACACACGCAAAGCUCCUCUUGAGAACUUUACAGGACUUGGGGAAUGAGGAGUUCAAGGAGUUCCAAUGGUACCUGAAGGAUGGCGGCAUUGUGGAAGGGUUCCCAGCUAUUCCAAAGAGCCGGCUGGACAAUGCCAACAGGCAGGAAACAGUGGACCAGAUAGUACAGACGUAUGACUUUCAUAGAGGUCUGCAGGUCACUGUGGAGAUUCUGACGAAGAUCAACAGACUGGAUUUGGUGGAGUCUCUUUCAGGAAGCAGCUCUGAAUCAAUCAAUGUGCCAAUGCAACGAGCAGAACCUCAGCAAUCAAUCACAUCCUAUCAACAUAUUCUGCAGUCAAACCUCCAGAAUAAGUUCAUGUGCAUUACAGAAGGGUGGUUAAAGUGCAAGGAUAAGAAACGUGUGGAUGACAUCUACACAGAACUCUACAUCGUGGAUGGAAACGACGGGAAGGUUGAUGCCAACAGUCAGCAUGAGGUCAGGCAGAUUGAGAUGUGCAGAAAAGGAGGAGGAUCUGAGAAAUCCAUUCAUCAUAAUGAUAUUUUCAAACAUCCUUCUGGAGACCACACACCUGUCAGAACAGUGCUGACAACUGGGAUCGCAGGAAUCGGGAAAACAUUCCUUGUGUAUAAGUUUAUUCUGGACUGGGCUGAUGGAAAAGCCAACCACGAUGUACACCUCAUGUUCCCUUUUACCUUUCGACAGCUGAAUUUACUGAAGGGGAAUAAGCUUACUUUGGCAAAACUUGUUCAUGAAUGUAUUAGAGAAACCAGAGACAUCAAGGAGGAGGUUCUGAAUCACAUCUUCAAAAAACUACAAGCAUCAGGAAACACCAACUACGACAAGAGUGAAUUUAAGCUUCUCUUCGUGCUUGAUGGACUCGACGAAAGCCGCCUUCAACUUGACUUAAGCCACGUAGAAGAAUUUUCUGUUGAUGAACCGUUCUUGGUGAGUGAGCUACUGGCAAGCCUCAUCAAAGGGAAACUGUUGCCUUCUGUUCGUCUCUGGAUAACCACGCGACCAGCCGCAGCCAUUCAGAUCCCUCUAGACUUGGUGGACAUUCUGACUGAGGUGAAAGGGUUUACUGACUCCCAGAAGGAGGAAUACUUCAGGAAACGGUUCACCGAUGAGCAGUUGGUCCCAAUCAUUUCCCACAUCAAGACAUCCCGAAUCCUCAACAUCAUGUGCCACAUCCCAGUUUUCUGCUGGAUUACUUCCACGGUUCUCAAGCAAACAUUAGACCAAGAUGAGAUGAAAGAAAUCCCUAAAACCUUAACUGAGAUGUACAUAAAAUUCCUCCUGUUUCAGAUGAAACAGACAAAACUAAAGUAUGGCACCAGCAUGACCAACACAAUGAUCAAGUCACUUGCAAAGCUUGCUUUUAAUCAUCUGGAGAAAGGCAAUCUCAUCUUUUACGAGAAAGACUUGAAGAAGAGUGGCAUUCAUUGUCAAGAAGCAUCUAUGUACUCUGGAGUCUUUACACAGAUCUUUAAAGAGGAGGAUGGGCUGCUGAAUGAGGACAAGACGUUCUGCUUUGUCCAUUUGAGUAUUCAUGAGUUUUUGGCUGCUCUUCAUGUUAUAAUGUCACUCAUUAAUGACAAAAAGGAUAUUUUGUCUGAAACUCGGUCCAUGCUUCAAAGUCUGCUGACAGUUUUCACAAAAGCAUCAACAACAAAGCUGUGCAUUAAUGCUGUAGACAUGGCGUUACAGUCUUCAAAUGGACACCUGGACUUAUUCCUCCGCUUCCUCCUGGGCCUUUCAUUGAAGUCCAAUCAAGAUCUCCUACAAGACCUUUUGAAAAUGACAGCAGACAGCUCAGAGACCAAUGCAACAAUAGUCCAGUACAUCAAAAAGAAGAUCCGAGAGAAUCCCUCACCAGAGAGAUGCAUGAAUCUGUUUCACUGUCUGAGCGAAAUGAAGGACUGUUCCUUGGAAAAGGAGAUCCAGCACUACCUGAGAUCAGGAAACCUCCCCAGAAUUCAUCUCUGUCCUGCUCAAUGGUCAGCUUUGGUCUAUGUGUUACUGUCUUCUGAUAAAGAACUGGAUGUGUUUGACUUAAAGGAAUACUCAAACUCAGAGGAGGUUCUCCUGAGGAUGCUGCCUUUGGUCAAAGCCUCAACAACUGCACUCCUGAGUUGCUGUGAGCUCUCACAGCACUGCUGCGGAGCUCUAGCCUCCAUCGUCAGUUUGGAGUCCUGCCGCCUGACAGAACUGGACCUGAGUAAGAACAACCUACAGGAUUCAGGUGUAGAGCUGCUUUGUGCUGGACUGGAGAGUUCACAAUGCAGACUGGAAAUUCUCAGGUUGUCAGGAUGUGUGCUUACAGAAGACAGCUGUAAGUUUCUGGCUUCAGUUCUCAGUUACAACUCGUCCCACCCAAGUAAGUCAGAUUUGAGCAUCCAGCCCGCAUUUCAGGAAGGAAGAAGAUGCAUAUCUCAAAUUACAGAUCUGGUGGCCUUCCUCUUUGUCUCCCCAGAGAGGCCCCAGCAGCAUGAGAACUUUGCAGAGAGAAUGCGCUGCAAAUCCUCGGCAGCCCACCUCCAGAGGUUCGCAGUGCAUCUUCCAACCUUGCCUCCUGCUUUCGUCCACCAGCUCCUGGGCAGUGUGAGCUACAGAAUGAUCAGCUGUUUGGUGGAUUCUGACACAGUGAUCAUAUCUGGUCAGAGCCAUGUAGCUGUUAUUCAAGCUGGGAACUUCAGCUCUUUGCCCAAAUCCACUUCUAGUUGCCAGUCAGUGGUGGAGGGCGGGCCGGUCGCCCGGCACCGGUCGGCAUCACUGCGAUUGCUCUCACUGCCCUCGAUGCGCUUAAUGAGUCUGCGGGCUCGAUGUGCCAAUGCAACGAGCAGAACCUCAGCAAUCAAUCACAUCCUAUCAACAUAUCUGCAGUCAAACCUCCAGAAUAAGUUCAUGUGCAUUACAGAAGGGUGGUUAAAGUGCAAGGAUAAGAAACGUGUGGAUGACAUCUACACAGAACUCUACAUCGUGGAUGGAAACGACGGGAAGGUUGAUGCCAACAGUCAGCAUGAGGUCAGGCAGAUUGAGAUGUGCAGAAAAGGAGGAGGAUCUGAGAAAUCCAUUCAUCAUAAUGAUAUUUUCAAACAUCCUUCUGGAGACCACACACCUGUCAGAACAGUGCUGACAACUGGGAUCGCAGGAAUCGGGAAAACAUUCCUUGUGUAUAAGUUUAUUCUGGACUGGGCUGAUGGAAAAGCCAACCACGAUGUACACCUCAUGUUCCCUUUUACCUUUCGACAGCUGAAUUUACUGAAGGGGAAUAAGCUUACUUUGGCAAAACUUGUUCAUGAAUGUAUUAGAGAAACCAGAGACAUCAAGGAGGAGGUUCUGAAUCACAUCUUCAAAAAACUACAAGCAUCAGGAAACACCAACUACGACAAGAGUGAAUUUAAGCUUCUCUUCGUGCUUGAUGGACUCGACGAAAGCCGCCUUCAACUUGACUUAAGCCACGUAGAAGAAUUUUCUGUUGAUGAACCGUUCUUGGUGAGUGAGCUACUGGCAAGCCUCAUCAAAGGGAAACUGUUGCCUUCUGUUCGUCUCUGGAUAACCACGCGACCAGCCGCAGCCAUUCAGAUCCCUCUAGACUUGGUGGACAUUCUGACUGAGGUGAAAGGGUUUACUGACUCCCAGAAGGAGGAAUACUUCAGGAAACGGUUCACCGAUGAGCAGUUGGUCCCAAUCAUUUCCCACAUCAAGACAUCCCGAAUCCUCAACAUCAUGUGCCACAUCCCAGUUUUCUGCUGGAUUACUUCCACGGUUCUCAAGCAAACAUUAGACCAAGAUGAGAUGAAAGAAAUCCCUAAAACCUUAACUGAGAUGUACAUAAAAUUCCUCCUGUUUCAGAUGAAACAGACAAAACUAAAGUAUGGCACCAGCAUGACCAACACAAUGAUCAAGUCACUUGCAAAGCUUGCUUUUAAUCAUCUGGAGAAAGGCAAUCUCAUCUUUUACGAGAAAGACUUGAAGAAGAGUGGCAUUCAUUGUCAAGAGCAUCUAUACAUGGCGUUACAGUCUUCAAAUGGACACCUGGACUUAUUCCUCCGCUUCCUCCUGGGCCUUUCAUUGAAGUCCAAUCAAGAUCUCCUACAAGACCUUUUGAAAAUGACAGCAGACAGCUCAGAGACCAAUGCAACAAUAGUCCAGUACAUCAAAAAGAAGAUCCGAGAGAUCCCUCACCAGAGAUGCAUGAAUCUGUUUCACUGUCUGAGCGAAAUGAAGGACUGUUCCUUGGAAAAGGAGAUCCAGCACUACCUGAGAUCAGGAAACCUCCCCAGAAUUCAUCUCUGUCCUGCUCAAUGGUCAGCUUUGGUCUAUGUGUUACUGUCUUCUGAUAAAGAACUGGAUGUGUUUGACUUAAAGGAAUACUCAAACUCAGAGGAGGUUCUCCUGAGGAUGCUGCCUUUGGUCAAAGCCUCAACAACUGCACUCCUGAGUUGCUGUGAGCUCUCACAGCACUGCUGCGGAGCUCUAGCCUCCAUCGUCAGUUUGGAGUCCUGCCGCCUGACAGAACUGGACCUGAGUAAGAACAACCUACAGGAUUCAGGUGUAGAGCUGCUUUGUGCUGGACUGGAGAGUUCACAAUGCAGACUGGAAAUUCUCAGGUUGUCAGGAUGUGUGCUUACAGAAGACAGCUGUAAGUUUCUGGCUUCAGUUCUCAGUUACAACUCGUCCCACCCAAGUAAGUCAGAUUUGAGCAUCCAGCCACGCAUUUCAGGAAGGAAGAAGAUGCAUAUCUCAAAGGUAUUGCCGGAUGGACCUCUCCAGGGAACUAAUUCAAAUUCAAAUACGCUCAGCAGGUACUCUGGGAUGAACUAUUCCUGCUGUCACAAUGUGGACCAGACCUCAAGCCUUAAAGAACUGGACCUGAGUCGAAACAAUCUGUGGGACAAAGGACUGAAGCUGCUGUCUGCUGGACUGGAAAGUCCACACUGUGGUCUGGAAAAACUUUGGCUCAGCUCGUGUCAGCUGUCACAGAGGAGUUGUAACACUCUGUCAACAGUUCUCAGCUCUCAAUCAUCCCGUUUGCGACACCUCGACUUGAGUGACAACGACCUGCAAGAUUCAGGAGUUCAGUGGCUAUCCGAUGGGCUGGAGAGUCCUUGCUGUAGGCUCGAAAGUCUGAGGUUGUCCGGCUGCCAGGUCACAGGAGAUGGUUGUGAUUCUUUGGCGAUGGCUCUGAGGGAAAGUCCAACUCAUUUGAGAGAACUGGACCUUAGCUACAACCAUCCAGGAGACUCUGGAGCGGAGCUGCUCGCUGCUGGACUUAACGAUCCAAACUGGGGCCUGGAGUCUCUCAGUGUGGAUCACGGAGGAAAGUGCAGGAUCAGACCUGGACAAAGAAAAUACUUCUGUGAACUUGUACUGGGAACACAAACACAGCAGACAAGAAGCUGCUCCUGUCCCAAGGCAACAAACGCGGACGAUGGUGAGACAGGGACCAGCCAUACACCCGAUCACCCGGAGAGGUUUGAGCACAGCAGCCAGGUUCUGUGCACGGAGGCUCUGACCGGGCGCUGUUACUGGGAGGUGGAGUGGAAAGGACUCGUGUUUGUGGGUGUGACGUACAGAGGAAUCAGCAGAGAAGGACAGGAGGAUGAUUCUCUCCUGGGCUGGAACGAAAAGUCCUUGCUUUUACUGUCGCAGGUCAUCAGCAUGGCACAACAGAAAGGGCAUAGUUCCACUGAACCACCUUUCCAAAGUUCCCAGAAUGCCCACAGAGUAGCAGUGUAUCUGGACUGGGCUGCUGGUGUCCUGAGCUUCUACAGAGUCCACGAGGACUCGCUGAUCCAUCUCCACACCUUUCAGACCUCAUUCACUGAACCUCUCUACCCUGGACUGAGGCUUCUCGGAAAUGAUUCCACUGCUUUCCUCUGCACAUGUUAGUGUCAAGGGAAAAAAAAUUCUGAUUGUGUUCAUGACAUGGAAAUUUUCAGUGAAUCACUUCAUCAUCUCAAGCUGGGGUACAGGUACGUACGUAUAAGCACCCCCUGGUGGAAUUUAUCUUCAGCUUACAGGAUUUUAGCUCUAAGAUUCAUGGUGACCAUUGUUGUGGAAACCCCAGGGUCAGUAAACAGGGAUCAACAUUUAAAAAUACUCCAGUCACAUUCAAAUGGAUACUACACAGUUUCCGCUGAUCAUAAAGAUUACACGAGGUAUAGUUGGGCUUUAACUGAAUGUUAUGCACUUAUGGAGUAAAAACAGCAAAACAUGGUGACAAAAGUCCAUUUCAGUUUGCACGGGUUAAAGUUGCUCUAAUUUCAGUAAAACUAUGCAAUUAUUGCUGAGUUAAUUAGGGUUAAUAAUGGAAUAAAUGCUGAUUCUGUUGAAUGCUUGGUGGCAGCAACGGUGACUUAGUUGUUAGCAUGGGUUGCCUCACAGCAAGAAGGUCAUGGGAUUGAUUACCACCUGUGCUUUUCUGUGUGGAGUUGCAUGUUCACCCAGUGUUUACGUGGGUUCCAUCUGGGUGCUUCGGCUUCCUCCUACAUCCAAAGACAUGCAGGUUAGGUGGAUUGGAAACUUUAAAUUGUCCAUAGGUGUGUGUGCGGGUGUGAAUGUGUUUGUCCAUAUGAGGCCCUGCAACAGACUGGCGUGCUGUCGCGGGUGUACUCCGCCUCACGCCCUAUGACCGCUGGGAUACUCAGCAUGACAGAUAGUACAAACUAUUCCUUUUAAAACCCAUAUUAGCUCAACCAAUAAUUGACAACAGUUACCAAAAUUGGAGCAAUUUUAACUUUUGACCCCUGAACAAACUCAAACUGACCUUUGUCACCAUUUAUAAACUCUCUGCCUAGGCUGACGGAGAAUGUUGUCACUGUGGCGGCUGGGCAAGCUGGUGUUGGGUGGCAUCAAGCGUGUGCCGUGUAUCUAAAAAAUAACGGGAUCUGACACUGGCUACAGGUAUCACCCUGGGAUGGCCAUAUAUUUUUGGUCCACUGUGGUUGGAUUGUAUGUGUUGUUAUGUACCGAAAACCUGUUUUGGCUCAGGGACUAACAGAGCACACUCUAAAUUGCAUGGUGUAAAUCCACUUGGGGUGUGUUCAAGCAUGCAUUGCAAUCUACAAACCUUAGUGCUGGUGGUAUGGAAAAGAUACUAGGCAAGGUUUUAUGGUGAGAAAACAGAUUAACCACAUGGUCAGCUAAAUGGAGACAUAAUGAUGCAUGUUAGAUAAACACCUAUGUGAAUAUUAUGACCUUUAACACCUGUUUCUCUGCUGUGUGAAGAAUCUGCAGACAUUACGCAUGAGGCAUGUUCAUAAGGUACUGCUGUUUCAGCUGGAUGUUCAGAUGGACCAGCAGUAUGUUUUAAGGAGAUUUAGCGCUGCUUAUCUGUCUGUCAUGCUGCUUAUCUGUCUAUCAUGCUUUUUGUCUCUGGAUUGUUAUGUGGCUGGAGUGAUGUUUCUUUGUCUGUUAUAAGGUUGGAGUGUGCGAUUAGUGUUUCUAAUGCUUUUGUAUCAAAGCAGGGGUUAUUAUGCACCUAAUGAUGUAUUAUCAGAAGAUGUCUUUUUUAAAUAUGUUUUUACAUCGGUCUCCUU